UAAAGGUUUGUUGUCAUUCAUGGCUGCUUUACCUGUGUAGCAGUCUGUGUUCGUGUCGUGCCGGCCACUUCUGUCCUAGUCUUCUUUCCAAAUUUCAUUCGGAGAUUUUUACUUCUGCUAAACGCCAAAGUCCCAUUUUGACAAAGCUAAUACAUUUUUGGAUUCAUGUUUAAUUUUUACUAGAUCUAGAUCUAGAAAGAUCCGUCGGUCCUUUUGGUUCGUGAUAAAAUGAGGAUUUUACCUGGCUUGACCAGUAGAUGCCCAUCAUUGUCUACGUAGACGCUGUCCACCCAUUGUCCUCCACGCAUUUGCUUCCUUCCUGAGUGGAUUGGAUUACUUUGUACUGAAUGUCAUGGCCACCUCCAAAGUGACUUUCGUGACAGGAACAGCAGAAGUGAAACGAAGAGAUCCCCAAGGUCUAAAUAGUUUGCAUCCUGACCAGCAUCUGACCACAGAGCCACAGAAACCCCUCCAGGUCACCUAUGUAGAUGGCAAGUGUACUUGCUGUCCUUAUGGUUAUCACAUUGACCUUGACUUUCUGAAUUUUUGUCGUGAUCUUGAAAGUGGCUCUACUCUGCGUAACCUUAAACGAAUUCGACGCAAUAAGAAAAAGUUGCGAAAAUCUAUGGAACUUAUGCUAGACGAGCAAGAGGGACGAACAUUUGACCCAAGCUCAGCACCACCUGAUAUUGUACAUUCCACUGAGGCUGGACGCCUUAUGCACAUGAUUAACUACGAGCGUUCAGCUACCCACCACAUCCUCAGCCAAAUUGAUUCCUCUGUCAACACUACUAUUGCCAACAUUGACGGAGUCAGGGGUCGCAGGUACAUGUCAUCAGAUAGCGACGAGCCCGUGACACCUUUCAGCCCUUCUUCUUACAGGGCGGCUUAUUCAAAUGAUGGUGCCAUGACUCCACCUCUGUCCAUGUCAGCUCGCACUGACUCCCUCACCUCCCUUUCCUCUGUGUCCACUAUGUCCAGUGAGAGCCAUUUAAUGCAACAGCUCUACCCUCAGGAAUUCCAGUACACUGUGAAUCACAAAGUCACUAGCAAGAUUAUAGAGACUCCAGUAAUAGAAAUGGCCACAGCAGAGGUCAAGCUUAAAGAAACUCCAGUGAUAGAGAGAGGGACAGCUGAGGUCAAGCCUAAAGAAACACCAGUGGUAGAAAGAGGGACAGCUGAGGUCAAGCACUACUCUACAACUUCUUCAGCUCAACUGGCUGGUCCGUCUGAAGUCUUUGAACCAGUAUUCAGUCCCAAAGUUUUCUCUCCGGGCAAUACCAAGAUACCUCCAAAUACAUUGCCUCCUGCCAACCCUUUGACUCCAGCAGUUAAAGAAACUCUUGCUCUCAAUGCUCAAAGAAUUAAAGAACUUGAGGAUCAGGUCAAGACCAUUCCAAUUCUGCAGGUGCGCAUAUCUGUUUUGAAAGAAGAAAAACGACUUCUAAAUCUGCAGCUGAAGGCCAGUAAGUCCAACAGUCAUCCUCCAAUGAUAUCUAUUGGUGUUGGAGAUAACAGGAUAGAAGUUGACGAGAAAGUGGAGAAAUUGGUUUAUUCUCCGAAACAGUUUGAGCUUCCCAAGUCAUUCACAGACUCUACCCAAUCCUUGAGAUCUCCGCUGGCAAAGACUCCACCAGCAACACUUCCCAAGCCUGUUAAAACAACAAGCACAGGAGUGGGUGACCACAGUGUCAUUGAACCCUAUCUUUUGCAGCCUGAGCUGCCCACUGGCUACACAAUAGAGGACAAUGUAACCCACACGGAGAUCCAUACUACAACAGUAAUAGAGAGGGACAGGUUGCUGAAGAGCUUUAUCCAGCCCCCUUCCCUAAAUGUUUCUUUCCACCGCACCACGUCUCAGGAGUCAAUAGACAGAGAGACACGUCUUCCUUCCUCAUCACAGCUAGAAUCUCCUCGUUUCACCAUAAAUCAAAUACAGAGGUCAACUCCUAAAGCUCUGACUCGAACCCUAGGUGUGGGUGAGGGUAAUGUUUUUGAAGAUUCUGGUUUGCAUGUUCAUGAGAAGGAACUAAGGACUGUAAUCAUUGGACAGAGUGGAGCUGUAGCCAAACGAAAUGUGGGUAUAGACUGCAGGGUCCCGACUCGAGAUGUGGGUGUGUCUUUCAUGUGUGAUGAAGAGAAACCAGCCACACGCACCAUUGGUGUUAAUGUUAGUUAUGACACCAGUGGUAUUCUAACAUCACUGGACUUUAAGGGAGAAACAGAGCUGCGCAUGGCUUUACGAGGAGUGUUGCAACGAAGUGUCCACAGUGUGGGAACCAACUGUAACUUUAAAGUAACAACCAUUGAUGCAGCCACCUUAACUGAGACUGGCUCUGGUGUGAGUGUUGGCUGCGGAGAUGAAGAGAUGAGGAUUGACGUGGAAGUCAGGCCAGCGACGGUCAAGAAGUCCCAGGGUGUGACAGUCAAGCCAGAGUGUUUGCCUAAAUGUGUGUCCACUGAGAAAGACUGGGUUCUCGACGCUAGUACCAACACAUUCAUGAUUGACCAGUACCAUAAAGCCUGUAUGACAGACAAGCAGAAAUGUAUCAUGGCAGCAACCAACACAGAACCUUUACCCUAUCGGCAUUCAUCCAUUCAGACAGACCUGAAUGUGUUCAUGAGCAGCGCACAAAUUAAGCAUGCUGUAACCAACACAGAGCAGCCCACCACCUACUCUACAGCAAUGUGCACAGACCUGGUCAUUGGGCUAGACUCUGCCACCAACACCGAAUCUAUACCUAGAAGUAAUGUGGCUGUAAAUACCACAGAGAAGGUGUCUCAACUUUUCCAGCAAGCUACGGUUGAGAAGAAAGCACCAGAGCUGAAAUCAAUCUUAAAGAAGCCACAGCAUGUGGACAAAAGUGUUGGGGACAAUGUAGCUGAUGAGGAACCCUAUUCCUUUAGUGAGAUUACAGAGGUUAUUACACCUAUUACUAGAGUUUCUACAGCCAAAUUGGAAAACGUUCAAAAGGCAGCAACAGAGACUAGUAAAUACAUCUCUCAAAGUAACUCUGUAGGUCGUUCAGGUUCAGAUGAGAGAGAUGUACACAUUUCAAGUUAUGAGUUAUCAAGGCGAAGCUCUGCACCUGUCACUUUAGUGGGAAAGCAAAGUGAAAGUCUUGAGACAAAUACCAUGACUAUGAAUUCAUCGUUUAAACAAGUUUCUCCUAGAAGAUCUGAUGACAGCUUCCAGGAAACAGUAACUGAGCACUACAUUAUCACUAAGGAUGGAAAAAAGCUGAUAUCUGAAGAGAAGACUACCACAUCUUCUCGAGGGGGACAUUCCAGCUCUGUGAAUCAUUACACUGGUAAUGCAUCUAUUGAAGGUAGGUCAUCAUUAACAGAUGCUUCUAUCAUCCAUAGCAACAAUGAUAUCAGUACCACUGAGCCUAAGAGUUCAUUAGAUGGACAUAACACCCACAAGUACUCUGGAAGUUCAAAAGUAGAAAAAAUUCAUAUUAACUUGAUGACUAAUCCAUACAGAACAUUAGAAAACCUCUCUGAGGUCUCAGCUCUGGUUGAUUCCCAGCCUGAUGAAAUCGAUUCCAACUCAGUAUCCAUUUCCAAAACAUCCAGUGAUGGAAAUCUGUAUUCUGAGAGAACUUCUCUUAAUGAGACCAAAUCAGUGGACACUAUCUUCGAUAUGAGGCGGGCUGGCUCUGUGGAAGACUUUAUGCCAGAUGAUAUUAAAAAGUACAUGUCCAUUGAGACCAACUUAACUAAAGACUCUGGCUUUGGGGAAGACUUGCAGAGCCGUUUCUCUGGCAACCUAGUGUCUAGCAGCGAGGGAUUGUCUAGUGGUGGCGCCAGUAGGUCAGUGAAACUCUCCAAGACCAUCACCACAACAUCCACUUCUAAAAGUGGAGAUACAGUCAUUGUCCAGGAAACGAAAACUGUAGAAGGUCCUGAUGGUAAAAGUGUGACCACAGUUACUGAGACCACUAAAGAUGGUCUGAAAAUUGUACAGCAAUAUGACAAUGCCCUUCAAGGCCCGCAUUCAAAUUUUUUUUCUAGUAAUGGGGCAACUGAAAAUGAAAUGUCAUCUUCAACAUACUCAUCUAGCUAUUCUUCUAGCCGAACUGAUGACUCAGAUGUGUCAGUUGAGCAGGACACUGACAGUUACACCCAGAUAUCCACUGACAGUGACAUGACAACCAGCAGUGGUAACUAUGGCUCACUAGACAGAGCCACAGGCAAACUCAAGUCCAUCAUGAAACAAAGCAAGUCAGAGGCUGAAAGAAGAGAUAAGAAAACUGGCAUUAGAUUUGCUGAGUCAGUCACUGGAGGGACAGGCUCAAGCUCUGAAGAAGAUGAUGACACGUCAGACUCUGAUUCUACCACAAGCUUUGAUGAAGGAUCUUAUGACAGCCAACAAGGGGAGGUAGUCUACAAGUGUAAAGAUGAUGAAGUCAUAGCCCAGGGACGUCCAGGAGCCCAAAUGUUUGAUCAGAACAUUAGAGAAACCUAUGAACUUUCAGAAGAAGUCAGAGAAGCUUGUACUGUGUUGGCUGCCUAUUUGAUUGACUCAACUGACAUUCAGACAAAACAGCUGAAUGCUUGUCAGAACAUUGUCCAACAGGAAUGGUUUCGAGUAUCAAGUAUGAAACUUUCUAGUGCACACCAAGUGGAAGAUUUCCUAUCUUCUGUGAAUGAGAUUUCUAAAAGUCUCCUCAAGUAUAUUGUCAAUAUGACAGAUUCGAAUGGCAACACUGCUAUACAUUACUGUAUCUCACACUGUAACUUUGAGAUAGCCAGCCUAUUGCUGGACUCAGAAGUCUGUGAUAAUAAUAAGCAAAACAAAGCUGGAUACACUCCUAUCAUGUUGGCUGGACUAGCCUCCAUACAGAACACUGAUCAGUUGGAAGUGGUCAGAAGAAUUUUCUCCACUGGUGAUAUUAAUGCCAGAGCUUCAGAGACUCAACAGACAGCCUUAAUGCUUGCUGCCUCCCAUGGCAAGACAGAGAUGGUCAAACUCUUAGUUGAAGAGGGAGCAGAGAUCAACCUCCAAGAUGUGGAUGGCUCCACUGCCCUCAUGUGUGCAUGUGAACAUGGUCACCUGGAGAUUGUCAACUUUUUGUUGUCCCAGCCAAAUAUUGAUGCCAAGAUUACAGACAAUGAGAAUAGCACUGCCCUGAGUAUAGCCAUGGAGGCAGGACACAAAGAUGUGGGUGUGGUGCUGUACAAACAUCUCAACUUCUCCAAGCCAACAUCUCCAGGCUAUCACAAGAAAAGAAAAAGCUCCAGCUCUCCCACUCCAAGCAGUUUCGAAAUCCACUAACAGAGAAUCCAGACACAGAAUCUUCACUGUGAAUGCUGGGAUAUCACAAGAAGUAGCGUGGGACAUGGAGUAAACUCCCCUGAAGAGGAGAGGUUGCCAGGCUUAUACUCUGAAAUAAAUGUUACAGUUGACACAGAUCUAAAUAUUGUUCAAAAUAUAAACUUACAAUUUUCAUUAUAUUAAACAUUUGAAACACCAGUUAUGUACACUUAAAUCUAGUUAAUCUGAAUGAGAUGUUGCUAUGAUCAUAUAUCUGCAAAAUGCAAUGAAAGAGGUGCUUUUGCUUCUAAAUGUACAUUUAUAAACAAAGUUUUCUUUGCACCUAAUGGGCUAUAUGGCAGGUGGAAAAAAGUUUUCCAUUUUCUGUAACAGUUGACAUGUGGGAAGUGUGGCUGAUUUAGCAAUUAAAUGCCUUUCAGUUCUGAAAUACCAGGGACAUUACUCCAGAUCUACAUUCUGAAUAAAUAAAUGUCUCUUCACAAAGAUUUGAAUCUGAAACUUUUGCUUUGGCAAUCAAUGUGUUAUCCACUCCCUCCCUAAGUAGAAAAGUGUACUAGUUUCACAUUGUACAAGUGAUGGCCCCUGAUAUUCUGAUACAAACUUUAGAACCUUCUUCAAGUUGAAAUAAGAGUGUUGUUCAUCUUGCACUUCAAAUAGUUUUUUCUUAUCUUCAUAUUUCUUAUAUAGAUUCUAGAUGUUUAGGAUUUGCAAAUUUUCUGUGUGAUUUUGACUCAGUUUUCAUCACUUCUCAAAUCCAGUCACAAACCUAUUGUUUCACUACAUCGGACACUUUCUCUUUUUUAUGUGCUUUGAAAAUUGAUAGCAUAGGAAAAUCUCUUUAGAUGAUCACCACCAGUGGUUUGAUCUCCAGACAUAAGAGCAUUAAUUCAAGUGGUCCUUGGAUUUUUUUUUUAGCUGGGACUUGAAUUCUUGUUGUUAAGUUUUCUUGCAAGUAAAUAAUUAAUCUCUCUAUUUGAAAAGCAAGAAAUCUAAACUUGCUUCUGGAAAACCAACCAACCAAUAUCUGUUGUUUGUUUUCUUCAUUCAACUAGUAUGCUGACACCAAACUAAUUUUGCACACCCUUCUGAAUGGCAGAGCUAAUUGUAUGAAUGUGAAACCUUAGCUACUCAUGUACAGAAUCUUGUUCUGUUUGUCCUCCACUAUGUCAAGUGGUCUAUGCCUUUAUUUCAAAAUGUACAUACCAGAGUACAUACAAUAUGUUUAUCUUCAUACAUUCCAUACUAUCUAUGUGAUGUGCGUUGUACAGUUUUGUUAUGUUUUUAUGUUACCUUUUAAUGUAUAUGGCAUUGGGAAUCAAGGUUAUGUGCAUUUCAAAAGUAUAUUGUAUAAUCAUAUGUGAGUCUUAUUACAACACACUACAUAGAAGACAUAUUUCAAUAUUUAGAAGACAUUUCUAUUCACUGCUGUGUUUGAACUUAUGGGUUUGGAUUCAUUAUUCCAAUUUUUAUAAUAAACCAUUAGCAUUAUAAUAUAACUAUUAUAAUUAUUAACAAAUAUAUAUUAUGUGUUCAUGUAUUCUAUAGAUAGAAUAUAUAUUGUGUAGUGUGGAGGUUAACUAGGCACAUAUAGAAAUAUCUAUCUGCUGGAGAGAAAAGCACUUUUAUGUAGAACAUGAUGUUUAAGUUGGCUGGAUUAUCUUCCCUAGGUUUUAGCUGAGUUUCUGCCCUUGACUUUUUAGUUGAUCUACCUCACCUCUUGCUUCCAUUUCACUGAGACCUUUAAUUUUGUGCUGAGGAUGUAUGUGUGUUAGGUAACCUAGGCAUUAUUAAAGGAGUCCUCACUUCAUUAGAAUGACCCUAUAUGUAGUUCUGCCUUGACAUUUCUUAUUUAAUGUCAGCAUGAAGUAGAUUCAUAGCAAAAAAAAGAAUCAAUUAUUUUGUGUGUUCAAUCUUUCUUUUUCAGGCUAACAUAAUGUAUGCUUGAUCUGUCUUCAGAACUGUCAAUUUGAGUUUAUAUUUGAAUUUGUUGUUGGUUGUGAUGUUAUUUAAGAUCUCAGAUAUUGCAGGACAACUAAAGAGGAAGUUUUGUUGGGUUUUUUUUAAUUGGAUGCAGAAUUAUUAUUUUAUCUAAGAAAUUAAAAAUGUUCUCGUACAAUAUAUGCUUGAAUUGUUGCAAGUUAAAACAGGAUUAAAAUAUGCGACAGUUGGAUAGAGCAAAUGCGUUUUAAUUUGCAAGACAUUUCAUUUGUCUUUAUUUAUGUGACUAGAUUAUCUUCUUUUUUGAAGUAAUGUCUGUAAUAUAUAAGAUUGACACCUGAAACGCUUAGGACUUAAUUAUCUUCUUUUUUUGAGGUAAUGUCUGUAAUCUAUAAGAAGACUAAUUUCAUUUGUCUUUAUGUGAAUGUACUUGGAAGAUAUUUCAAAAUAUGUUUUUCUUGUUUCACAAACACUUGACUUCCUAGGUUUAUUUCUGGCCUGACUUAGAGAAACUUAGGUUUUCAAAAAAAAAGUGUUUCCACGAAUCUAACCUACAAAUGUAUGAAUGUGUAUGUCUUGGCCUGAAAUUGUACAUUCAUUAGUAAGAAAGGUGGUGAGAAAGGAGACAACUUGUCUCAUGCUACAAAUGAUAUUAUAGGCUCUAGUUCUACUGAACACUCGGCUAUGUUCUAAUUUGUAUAUAUAUAUAUCCUUUUAACACUUUGUUGACUGGUUGCUUACCAUAACCUUUGAACCUAUUAUGAAAAUAACAAAGCAGUUGUUAUUUUUUUAAAGUAAUUUGUCAAUGUAUAGUAGUCUAUGCAGACACACAAGAUUCUGGCAGCUAUUCAACAGACUGCUGAAGACUUCUAACCCCAAAACAUGGAUGUUCUUCCAAAAAGUUUGUAACAACCAUCUGUAAACCAAAUAGUUUAUCUCAAUUCUUUGUAAGUUUUAUUAAGUAUCUGUGUUUAGCACAAAUCUAUUAUAUAUAUGUAUGUGUGUGAGUGAGUGAGUGUGUGUGGUCUCCUUAGCAAUAGGUUUUAUUUGUUUACUUGUAUGAUUCAGUGUGGGUCAGACAUUAUACAUUGUUCAUACAUAGUAGUCCAAAUAACACCACUACAGCUUUGUCCCCCUUUCUAUAGAUUUGUUGAAAUGGUAUCACAUUGAGGCCUUGAGUUGAAAAGUCUGCUCAGACAGUUUACUUGGAAUGGGAUCUCUUUUGUUGCUGCAAAAAUCUAUUUGAAUAUUUUAUUUGUUAGCUAAAGGAGUUGCAAUGUAACUGACAUAGUCUCCACCCCCCAAACUACAAUGUGUUAGACUUAUAAAGAAUCACAGCUCUUCUCUGCUUGUCUGUCUACCCAAUUUGAAUUAGCCUUAUACCAGUAUAUUAUUGGAAUUAAAUUUUUAUCUAAUGUCAAA